AUGCCAGAAAACAUUUACAGGGUACCCGAGGCUUAUUCAAUCACAACGAUGGCAUCAACUAACCGAUAUUUUCUGAUAACAAACAUAGAAAGUCUCUUCUUGAGCCCACUUUUCGGAUUAUCUCCCAAAGCGCAACCUUAUACACUGACCUGGAUACCUGAAAACCGUGCACUCGCUGUCAAGGCUAAACACACCAAUCAUCACCUUGAUCCUUUUGUAAUUGUGGUCAUUUAUAGACCGAACAUUUCUUCCCACUGGCGUACCUUCUUCUCUUCCUUAACGAAUGCUCUCAUUCUUUUGGACACAUUUCGUCUAGCCUUUAAUGCAAAUGCCAAUCUUUGUAAGUCAAUUGCUGCUGUUAUGUCUGAGCAGUUUCAUUUGGAUUUGGGCUCUGUACUAGAUGCUACUGGCAUACACAGCCUUCAUAACCGCCACUCUGCAACUGCUAUCUAUUACCUUGGCUUUUCAAUUAGCUCACGCACCUCUUAG